GUCUGCUUGGCCAGUGAAGUGAGCGAAGUUAAGAAUGUGGAGCUUUAAACUACUGACAAGUCCAGCACUACUGCUGCUGGCCGUGGCGCUUGCCCAGAGCGCGGUGGUGCCAGCGAGGAUUCCAAUGGAAGACACCAUGCAUCCCGACUUGUCUGCGCCCGCAACGAAGUCCGCCUUUAGGUCGGGCCAGGUGGAGGGCGAGGAUACGCAGGAAUAUUGGCUGUCGCUGAGCAAGCAGCACAUUCGGGAAAAACUUAAUUUCGUGCGCAACACUAAAAAGGCAAAGAACAUUAUUUUAUUCCUGGGCGAUGGCAUGGGUCUGGCAACGCUGGCCGCCGCACGCAGCUACAUUGGCGGAGAGUCCGAAAAGCUGUCCUUCGAGCAGUUCCCCUACACGGGCCUAUCGAAAACAUACUCUGUGGACAAGAUUGUGCCCGACUCUGCCUGCACUUCAACAUCCUAUUUGUGCGGCGUCAAGGCCAACUAUGGAACUAUUGGUGUGAAUGCGAAUGUGAAACGAGGUGACUGUGCAGCAAUGGCCGAAGAAAAUAAUCAUGUCUUCUCGCUGGGAAAGUGGGCCAUGGAUGCUGGCAAAGCUGCCGGCCUAGUAACUACAACUCGCGUGACACAUGCCUCGCCCUCCGGCGUUUAUGCGCACACUGCUGAUCGCGAAUGGGAGAACGAUGCUUUAAUAAAGGAAGCAUGUGGCGCGGACACUACUCUUCCGGAUAUUGCGUUGCAGCUAAUUUAUGGCGAGGUUGGCAGCAAGCUGAGAGUCAUGCUGGGCGGCGGCAAGCGUAACUUCUAUGAUCCCGCCUCCUAUGAGAAGGGCAGACGUACAGAUGGACGCAAUUUGGUCGAGGAAUUCCAACAACUUGACCCGAACAAUGUGUUUGUGAAGAACCAGAAGAAGCUAUUGAAGGUGAAUGCCACAGAAACGGGACGUCUGUUGGGGCUAUUCAGUGGCAGCCAUAUGGACUAUCACUUGGAGGCGCUCGACAAUCCGGACAAUAAUGAGCCAACGCUGGAGGAGAUGACGCAGAAGGCGCUGGAAAUUUUGCAAACCGAGCAGAAUGGCUACUUUUUGUUCGUUGAGGGCGGAAAAAUUGAUAUCAGUCACCACGACACCAUGGCCCGCAUCGCACUGGACGAAACGGCGGAGUUGUCCAAAGCUGUGGCACUAGCCCGCAAAAUGACCAGCGAAGAGGAUACCCUAAUUGUGGUUACGUCCGAUCACUCGCACACAUUCAGCUUGGCCGGCUAUCAAAAGCGUGGCAGCGACAUAUUCGGCGCGGCAGAGUCGAACGCCGCCGACGGCUUACCUUACAUUGGACUCAGCUAUGCCAAUGGCAUGAGCUACGAAAAAUUCUACGAUACAGUAGAGCACAAGCGCGUGGAUCCCACAUCGCAGCUGACGGGUGACUUUUGGGAACCGUUCCCUGCCAUGGCACCAUUGGUAUCCGAAACACAUGGCGGCGAGGACGUCGGGGUCUUUGCUUCUGGACCGUGGUCACAUCUUUUCACUGGAGUGUAUGAACAAAAUGCUAUUCCACAUAUGAUGGCUUAUGCCGCAUGCGUCGGCAGUGGCCUGAAAGCAUGUGACUGAUGUCUCAAACGAUUGCUAUUAUUUUCAAAUCUUUGGAGCUAAUAGCAAACGAUUUGAUUGCAUGUACAGUAGGCGUUAUCAAUAAAACUAUAGUUCGACAAUGGA